AUGUCAAGAGUAACACCGUUCAAGCAUCAGUCACGAUUAUCCGAUGGACGUAUACGACUACUGAGAGUGAAAUUACGGCCCCGCGAACAGAACCUCGAACUAACUCUCCGUGAGUAUGGCCUCCACGACGUUGAAUUCGAUGCUCUGUCCUACGUAUGGGGAGAUCCAUCCAACGUAACAGCCAUCAAGUGUAAUGGAUGUGAGCUCCUCAUUGGAAAGAAUCUACAUGAAGCGCUGUUGGAAAAGAAAAAACGUGGUUCAGGUACACUCCUCUGGGCCGAUGCGAUAUGUAUCAACCAAAGUGAUGAUACAGAGAAGACAACACAAGUCCGUAUGAUGUGGCAAAUUUUUAAGACUGCAUCUCGUGUCAUCAUAUGGCUAGGUGCUGGGAACUCACGAGAUUCUAUCGCCCUCAAACUAGCACAGAGGCUAUAUCUCAAAUGCGAUGGGGUGAAAUACAGCUUCCAUGACAGUUAUAAUAUGCCGGAUCUUGACCUCAAAUCUCUUGGUGAGGAGGACCCAUAUAAAAGCCUUCCUUGGGAGGCACUGUUCGGUAUUCUGACACAUGAGUGGUUUACUCGAAUCUGGGUCGUCCAAGAACUGCUGGUCAGCUCAAGAUCCAUUAUCUGGAGGGGGUCCUUAGAUGCAGAAGCGCGAGUUGUCCUUUGGUGUUCAAUCAUGAUUGGGACUCACAAAAACCUUUACAUGUGCUUCAAUAACGCUAUGAAUAGGCCCAAGGAGUCCGCGUUAUUGUCAAGGUGUAUUGCCAGUGGGUAUCUACAAACCGAAAAUCAGGGGAUCAUGCCGAUUUACGAUGUCCUCUCGCGUUAUCCCGGAAUGAAGGCCACUGAUCCUCGAGAUCGAUUCUUUGCUCUAUCAGGGAUUUCAACUGGAUUGGAACCUGAGUUUGUUGACUACCAUAAAACCUUUGCGGGUAUUGCCUCCUUGGUUGGGAAGAUGACGCUGCUUGGGUUUCCUAAUUAUCGGCGGGACUCCAGGGGAAAUGAGUUCAUAGGCAUCCCGAAGGCUUUUUUGCCGCACAGAUGGCCUAUCGACUGGCUAACAUUCAAUGCUAAUCCUAAAAACGAGGAGCUGGGAAUACCUUCAUGGAUCCCUGAUCUCAUAUCCGCUCAUUCUUCAGGUUUGUUGAUGAGUGGCUUCUAUAAUACAAAAUACUUGACUGGGUACAGAGAUGUUCCUGUGCCAGAAGUAAGCGAUGAAAUCGUGUUGAGUCUAAGAGACAGAGGGCAUCUUUUUGAAGGUCCUGUCCCGGAGCGGAUCGAUAUCAAAGGCGCCUUUUUUGAUACUAUCGGGAAAAUUGGUCCCAGAAGGCCUCAUAUGCCAGGGCCUGAAGCGCUCGAUACAAGCGGACAGGACAAGAAUAUAGAUCUUAGAGAAGCAUUUCAGCAAAUAGUGCCAUACGAACUCGCUAUGGUGGAGUGGCUAUCCGCUUUACGACGCCUCGCGGACCCGUUCUUAGAUCCGCUUGCGUCUAUAAUGGACGAUAGCUCAUUCGAGUCGUUCUGGCGCACGCUUGUAUACAACCGUGACUCUACAUUUGAUCCUGACGACCCCUGUAAGCCAGCGGACAACAGUCUGGGCGUCAGCUUUGGCUACUGGUUUCUUCUGAAGAAGCUGUUUAUGACCGGGCUCCAACAUACCAACGAGAUUAUUUUGUGGUACAUGGGCUACUGCAUCCUGACUCGAGGUGCAGCUCCUUUCGAGCUUGCUGAGAGCAAGGUCAGAGAUGCCAGAGAUUUUUUUGUCUCGAGUGCCAGGCGCAUUGGAUGGGUUCCAUUCCGCGCCCGGGCUGGGGAUCACAUUUGUGUACUCAAGGGUAUGCGGAUUCCAGUUGUCUUAAGAGCGCAUGGGGGUGCAUGGAAGUUUAUUGGCGCGUGCUAUGUCCAUGGAUUGAUGGAUGGUGAAGUUUGGGACUUGCCAGGGCUGGAUUGGCAUUUCAUUUCGUUUGUUUGA